AUGCUGCAAUUCCACGCCUACAAUGUCUGUACCAACACCAUCACUGGAGAGGCCGAGCCUUCAAACCCCACACAAAGACCCCGAAUACCGCGGAAUGGCAGGGACACGACCCUCGGCAAUGGGUUUGCCCAUUCCUGCGUUUGGAGACGCACGCAACGGGACGACUUGGAUCCGACAACGCGAUCGCAAUGUCCCGCUCUGACAAUGGAUGAAUGCGUACUGGUUCCACCAACCCGCCGCAGAAGGCACGGCAUGGUGGGAGACCCACUUUAUGCAGCAUGGCGGCACUGGAGCCAGCUCCAUUCACUAGCCAGCCACAGGAGGCGUGACAUGGUGGUCCUGCUCCAGUGUUUUUUCAUAGCCCACACCCCUGCUGUUUCUUUUUUUUUACGCCAAGGCAGCAUCAGCAGUCAACACGGCGCACUCUGGGGGGGGGGGUGUAAACACAUCUGCGCAAGAGAUGCGAAGACGUCUAUAGCACAGUGGAGAACAGCAAGGUAUGAGGAACGGGAUUCAUACCUACCAGAACUAUGGGGGAAUGAACACACUCAGGCAAGUGGCUAUGCCACGGACCUAUAA